CCAUGAGGGCUGAAGCCGGGUGCGCGGCCGGCUGCGGGCGCCGGAGCCGCGGGCGCCGCUGCGGGGGAAGCGGGGGCUGCGGCCAUGGCCUGGCCCUGCAUCAGCCGGGUGUGCUGCCUGGCCCGCUUCUGGAGCCAGCUGGACAAGUCCGACCUCUCCGUGCCGCUCACCAUCCACAACUACUCGGACAUCGAGGAGCAGGAGGACGGGACGCCCCAGCGGGGCGGGCCCCCAGCGCGGGGCAGCGCUCGGCCGCCGGCCCCGCUCCCCCGCCCGCGGGACCCCGCCGCCGGGAAGCCCAGCAGCCGCAGGAAGGGCCGGGCGGUGGCCGCCGGGGAGCCCUUCGCCGCCGAGACCCAGUACCGGCGGGACUUCAGAGCGUGGCCCCUCCCGAGAAGGGACGCCUUCCCCUGGGUCAGCGCCAGCAGCGGCGGGAGGGACGGGGCCGCCCCCCAGCCCGCCCCGGGCCGCUCCGCCUGCGCCUUGCCCGGCGGCGGGCGGCCGGCGGGGGACGGCCCCGAGCACCUGCGCCCGCGCCCGCAGGCGGACGGCGGCCACACCACCUCCUACAGGCAAGAGUAUCGCCCAUGGACUGGAGCAAAACCAUCCAAACCUAUAAAGACAAAGCAAGGCUUCAUAAUCCCAGAAGACCAUUUUGUUCAAGAGACAAGCUACAAGGCAGAUUUUAAGAUCCCAGAGGUGAAGACCAGGUUCUCCCCCAACCCUUCUGCUGUUUUCCAGGCACCAUCACGGAUCCUCAAUGUGUGAAGCUGGACCCUCCUCACAUCCAGGCAACUUAAAGGUGGCAAUUCUGUUCAGAUGUAUCACUAUGCAAUUUUCAUGAGGAAUGUUAAGAUCAAAGAACUGGUAUUAUCAAAAGCAGCUCCAGUGAUUAAUGAUGUGCACACACACUUUCUGUUAACACAACAAACCGCAAAGCCCUCGAUUCAGAGCUGGCAAAACACGCUGUGAGGAGUGACCUAGUUUUUCACAGGAACAGGUUCAUUACUAUGCCAGCUGGCAUCACAUUAGGAUAUAGACUUUGGGCAGCAAAGGCAGCAGUGCAGGCAACAUCCCUACACUUAACUACACAGGGUGGGAGGGAAAACAAUCACAAGCAAGAUGGAUAAUUAAAACCAAAAGGAGUUUUACUUAGCACCACCCUCUAAGUAAGCCAGCAAAAGACAGGAAAUAUCUGGCUGACUUGUGAGCUUCAUGAGGGGUUUGGAAAUAGGGUCUCAAAUGGCACCACCAGAAAUCAUAGCAUUAAAGGGGCAGGUGAGAACUUCCAGGGUUGUUUCAGAAGCUGGAGGAAAUCAGCAUCAUUGACCUCUAAAAUAAAACUAACACGUGCAGUGUCUUAGGGCUUUAAGGCUGGAUAUUUCCAAAAUGGGCGUGACAGAAGCAAGAGGGGACUCAACUUUGACAGACAGCCCUAACAGCAACACACCAGCCUGCUCUGGAAAGGAGUGUUUGGACAGUCAGCUAGGCACCUACCAGACUCCAGAGGAUCUAGUGUAUUUAUGUAAUUUGUAUAGCUGUUAAGGUGACUGUAAAUAUUGUAUAUGGAUUUUAUCUAAUGCAAUUUGUGAUCCUUUAAUGAAAAGGACAUGCUUAUAAUUUUAAUAAAUAUUAACUCUUUGCAUAUGCAAGGUGGAAAACAUUGCCUUGAAAUUCCUAAAUUAUUGCCUGUAUAUCGGUAAUGCUAAUGCUAGGAACAACCAGAAGUGAAUGUUACUUAGAAACUCUUCUUAAAGAAAAAUGUAUCAUAGAAUGUAAGGCAUCCUUCAUUUUUAAGAUAGGCCAUUUAAAGUAUCAUUAUUCUAAAGCUGAUUUUUUUAUAUAUUGAUGUGCAUAUAACUUUUGCUGAGGAACAUGUGUUUUAAGAAACCAUUUUUUAGUCUUUGUCCUCAAGACUGUAGUGGGUUUACAGUUUCUAUCUCAACAACUUAUGCAAGAUAAUUAGUCUGCUGCUUAUUUCAUGUUUUUUUUAAUUAUUUUUGGGAAAAAGCAUGUUUGAAACACACAAAUGUGUUGGCUAGGAAAAAAAGGAAACUGACCUCAGACUUGAAGAGGAAUCAGAUAUUCAUUGGUCUGUAAUGAAAUAGACUUUAACACAGGAGGGUAUUUUUCUUAAGUUUCCUGCUGGCUAAAGGGAAAUAUAAUGAACUCUGGGGACUCUGCAAACACGUAAGCAUUGCUGAUAAAUCCCAUUAGAAUUUUUCAGCUGUUGGCAUGUGGAUUGUAUUUGGAAUACAUGCAGACAGCAUCUUCUCACUGCAUUAUGUGAGAAUUUAAUGGUGCCAUCUCUGCUCAUUACACUAGCAGGACUGAACACAGCCACAAGAAUAGGUACCAUCAAGUAACAUCUGCAGUAACCUGCUUUUGGUUGGGACAAGGGAUGGCAUUUUCCACACUCAUCCUUGGACCCAGAGGAAUGUGCAGUAAAACUAGUGCUUGCCCACAUAACUUUUCAAGAGAUUAAUUUUUUAGGAAAUUCAUUUGAAACAUUCAAACUGUACUAAAGGUUUUGCAUGUUAGAUGUUUCUAAGAAUUCAAUCUGCUUGUUUAAUCUCUUUAUAAUGUUUUUAACAGUUUUGUUCAAACAAUUUAAGUUCAUUUCAAUCCUGGACUUUAUUAACAGAAAAAAAAAAAGAUAAAUUGUCUAUUCAGUCUCUCUUCUUAAUUCACUGUACUUCUUUAAAAAACAAAACAACAAACCCAACCAACCCAGUUUGAAACAAACUGGUAAUAAAAGCUUGUAUUUUCUCAAAUAGACUGGAUUUAAUAAAUUAAAAUGUAUUUUGGCUA